UUCGACCGGCUGAAGUCCGUCGGGACGUUCGUGCGAACGCUCGAGAUCUGGUCCUUCGUCUUCGCGUUCGUGUUCCGUCGCGUCGCGUUGAACCUGAAAUUCACCUACAAAGGCGGGUUCUCCGAGGAGAAGAAGCUCAAGCGCACGGAGGAGCUCGCGAAGUGGCUUCGACUCGGCCUCCUCCGACUCGGCCCGACGUUCAUCAAGAUCGGACAGCAGUUCUCCACGCGCGUGGACGUGCUGAGCAAGCCGUUCAUCAAAGAGCUCGAGAAGCUCCAAGAUCGCGUCCCGCCGUUCUCCACGGAGAUGGCGAAGCAAAUUCUUCAAGAAGAGCUCGGCAAGCCGGUCGAGGAAGUGUACGACGACUUCCAAGACGAAGCCCUCGCCGCGGCGUCGCUCGGGCAGGUGCACCUCGCGAAGCUCAAGAAGACAGGUGAGCAAGUCAUCGUGAAGAUUCAACGCCCUGGGCUGAAGGAGAUUUUCGACAUCGAUCUCAAGAACCUUCGCGUGAUCGCGCAGUGGCUGCAGAAGGUCGACCCGAAGACGGACGGAGCUGCGCGUGACUGGGUCGCGAUCUUCGACGAAACCGCGCGCGUGUUGUACGACGAGGUCGACUACAAAAACGAGGCGAAAAACGCGACCGAGUUCGCCGCGCAAUUCGCGGGCACGGACUGGAUCAAGAUCCCGAAGAUUUACUGGGACUACACCGCGCAGAGGACGUUGUGCAUGGAGUACUCUCCCGCGGUGAAGAUCAACGACCUGGAGGGGAUUAAAAAGAUGGGCGUCGACCCCGAUCGCAUGGCGCGUUUGGCCGUCGAGGCCUACCUGCAGCAGGUAUUGCGCUUUGGCUUCUUCCACGCGGAUCCUCACCCGGGGAACGUCGCCGUGGACCGUGGUGACCCGGAGGGCCUCGGACGACUCGUGGUGUACGACUACGGCAUGAUGGGCCGCAUCCCCCCCGAGGUCAAAGGCGGGUUCCUCGACUUGUUCUACGCCGUGUUCGAGAAGAACUCGGACAACGCGGUGAAGGCGCUCUCCAAGAUGGGGGUUUUAGUAGAGACUGGGGGUGAUCUCACCGCGGUCAAGCGCACCGCGGACUUCUUCCUCGGGAGCUUCGACAACCGCGUGGAAACGCAGGAGACACAGAGGUCGCAGAACAAGGAGGAGUACGAGGCUGAGUUUAAGCCGCAGCGCACGAAGGAGGAGAAAAAGGCGAGGCGCAAGCAAAUCUUGAGCAACAUCGGCGAGGACCUCCUCGUCGUUUCGAAGGACCAGCCGUUUCGGUUCCCCGCGGAGCUCACGUUCGUCGUCCGCGCCUUCUCCGUCCUCGACGGCAUCGGCAAGGGCUUGAACAAGAAGUUCGACAUCGGCGAAAUCUCCGCGCCGUACGCGCGGAACCUGCUCAUCGAAGAGAACCCGUCGUCCCUGCCGCCGCAAGUCGUCGCGAGGCAGCGCGACUUCCAGCGCCGCUUCGAUAAGAACAACAAGGCGAUCAUCAACCUCUUCAAGGGGCCGGACGCGAUCGAGGAGAUCGCGGAAAUCGUUCGCGACAUCGAGCGCGGUAAGCUCAAGAUUCGCGUGCGCGCGCUCGAGGCUGAACGCGCGUUGGAGCGCGUCGCGGUGAUGCAGGACCUCAUGCUCAAGGCGAUGGUCGCGUGCUGCGCGGUGAACAUCGGCGUCGUGCUCUACGUCAGCGGGCUUUUGGUUCAGGCGAAGGGAGCGUUUGGUGUCAGCGGCGUCGCGAUGCUUCAGGCUGCGGCGGCGUCGAUGAAGCUUUCGAAGCUCACGAAGAAGGAGGCGGCGUUUUCGGGGGCGGCGUGA